AUGGCAGCUCUGAUGUGUCCAGGUGAUUCUGCUGGUAGUAAGAAGAUUAGUAAAGCGGAACGGAUGAAAUUGUUAAGAGAAGAGGAAGAACGUCGAAUGCUGGAGGAAGAGCAAGCCCGCUUACGUUUUGAGCAGGAACAAGCUGUGAAGGCCGAAAAGGAACGUAUUGAAAGAGAGAAGACAGAACGCCUCGAAGCCAAAGAUCAAGAACGCCGGGGUGAGGAGUUAGAUGAACUUUAUGAGUUAGAAGAGAGCUUUUUCCUUGCCAGCCAAUGGAAGUUGAAAAGUAGAGCCCUUGCUAAGUGGGAACAUUACACAGGUUGUGACGGCAGCCCAGACCCAACUGUUCCCCAGGAAAUCAACACUUUCAUGAGUUUGUGGCUGGAAGAGACCCAGAACGAUAUUACGACAGUGGUCGAGAAAGGCAGCAAGGUGCUGGAACUUAUUGCCAAGUUAGAGAUGUACGUGUUGGAGACCCCGUUUGAAGAGCUCCCUUCCAAAGAUGUCGCUCAGUACCAGGAGACAAUUGUGCAAUUGCAGAAUGUGCUUCGCCACAAAUACAACCAAGCAACAGAACAUCUGCUGAAGCAAGCCAGUAGUUAUGGAGAAUCCGAAAGCGGAAAUAUGGAACUCGUCAUGAAAGAGACGGACAUGACGCUGUGCCUUUGGGCCAAUCUCAAGAAGAAUGCAAGAUUCCGGAGCCAGAUAUUUUACGAUGAGAACAAGCAGCCCUGCCAUGCGUUUGAUCUUCCCAAGCCGCUGACCACCUGCGACGUGGCCGUACGCAUCUUGCACACCCAUUAUGACCAUUUGUCGCCUUUUCAAACGUUCCCCAGAGAACUCCCAAAGUUGGACCUCCCGUUCGCAGAGGAAAUCACUCAGCCCAGCGAGGACAAACAAGUCUCAAGUGAAGAGCGGGAGACCUUGAAAGACAUGUCUGAGAUCAAAACAGAAGCCUCAGCCAGAACGAUGACCUUCAGCGAUGUCUUCAGUUAUUCAGAAAGAAGAAGAAGCAGCAGCUCCAGGGGCUCUGGCAGCAGAGAAGAUCAUUAUAACAAAAGCUCCUUUUUCCUUCGGUCCACCUCCAGAGCUCAUGUUUCAGCCCUGCGGCUCUUUGAUAUCAGUGAAUUGGAUAUCCUCGAAGAUUACACGGUGGAUUUACACCAGUUCAUGCCAGUGGGAGGCGUCUAUCACUGUGAUUUGCUGAAGCUCCCACCUCAAGCCAAGCAGGUCAAAGGAUGGACCAUCGUGGAAAUCUUGGAUACAGGAUUAGAGACUUACCCCUACACUGCGACAUGUGAGGAAUCUGAAGACAACUCAGCCGUGACGGUGGGGAUCACGAUCCAUCUGACUGAUUCCGUGAUUUAUUUUGAAGAGCCACUGAUAGCGAGGUGGGAUAAUCAAGAUAAAUACUGGAGGACCGAUGACAUUGGGGAGGUGGUCUACAGCAUGAACGAGAAGGCGAUCUCCUUCAGAAUGAACGGCUUCUUCACCGUCACGUUACUUCAGGAUGCUCACCUCAACAUGCCGUAUCAAGCCUGGGAGCUCCAGCCUGUAGGCCCCGACCGAGCUAUUUUUACCAUCCUCACCACCUUUGCUGAGGUCCAGAUCCACAUCAAGGAAAGUCAAUGUAUGAUCUAUUCUGUGGCUACAGUCGAAGAUUCUGACCUGCUUAUGGGGCUGAGAGAAAAAUGGAUGACACCCAUGGCCCUCAUGAUGGUCCUGAAGAGAGCCGGCAUGAACAUCUUUCCCGCUGAAUACUCCUCAAAGUAUGUCAGCGUGAACAAAAAAACGCUGUUGGCAGAAAUCAUGGUUUAUCAGCAAAUGUCUCUUGUUGCCACCUCUUUUGCCUUUGGCUGGAGCAAAUGGAAUCUGAAGAGCGGAGAGAAUAAUCUGGUCUUUAAGGCCUGUGAACAUCUGACCGAAGAAGACCAGAUCCAGGAAGAAGCAUGGGCUCUUUACAUGUUCAACGGCCAAAGAGCUCAGAAGCUUGCGAUCGGUGAAGACAGCGAUUCUUUCUCCAAGAACAUUGCAGAAGGCUCCGAAUUCCACUCCACUCUCUAUCAUCUCCUGAAAGAUGCCGGGAGCACAGCGGCAAUGGACCGGGUCACACAGAGCAACUACCUGUUCAUCGAUGCCGUGUACCAAACGCUCCUUGCCACCAGGGUGCUGACAUACUCCUAACACACGCCAAAAAGCUGCUUCAGAAACUUUAUUGAGUUCACAGACACUCCAGUCGAUCAGAGGUGGAAGAAAUCACACUUCAGACAUCUCUUUUUUUUUUAAUAGAAAAGAAAAAUAAAAUAAAUAUCCGUAAGCUAUUUAAGGAUAGACUACGUGCCCUGAAUUUUU